AUGGUCCACUCCGCAUCGUCGUCGUGCACCGAUUCUUGGAGUACGGGAUACGUCGAGCGUGACGAUGUGGAAAUGGACAACAAUUGGGAACAAGGGUCUGACGAUAUCCUCACCAUCCCAAAGCUAGAGCCUAUGGACGACGACCUGAGGUUGGAUGAAUUGAAGGCCGCCCCGUUGGCUCCCACUGCCGAGUCCGAUGCCCCGACCAGCCAUUCGAAGCAAAAGCGACCUCGAGGACGACCCAGGAAGCACGCACAUACCCCUAUUAUAGGCGCGAGCAAAGUAACCAAGGGUCGAUCAAAAACCGGAUGCAUUACUUGUCGGAAGCGAAAGAAGAAGUGCGACGAAGCCAAACCUCGAUGCAUGAAUUGCGAGAAGAACGCCGUGGUAUGCGAAGGAUAUCAUGAGAAGCAGAUCUGGAAGAGCGGCAAGGAACGGGCUGAAGAGGAACGUAUGCGACGGGAAAGCCUCCCAGUUAUCACCAUGCAGCCCAUCUUCCAUGGCGUCGAAACUGCCGAAGACAAGAUCUUCUGGAAGCACUACAUCGCCAACUUGAGUAAUAUCCUAACAGUCGAGAGCGAAGCCAAGAACGCAUUCAAGGAUAUCAUCCUGCAACUCGCCAACAAGCACCAAGGGCUGAUGCACUCGAUUCUUGCCGUUAGUAGCAAGCACAUUGACCUGGAUACCCCCUACGGUGCCAAGCUGCUCGCAGAUAACCCACAGUCCAGCCGGGAACUCUUGCAGCAGCGAUCCGACUACCAUCACGACGAGGCGAUGAAGCGACUCUAUAAGGACAUGGGCAGAUCCAUGGACAAGGACGACCCUGAGUACAAGACGAUUCUGUCCGCGAGAUACGGACAGAUGCUUUGCUUGCUACUACAGACUCGAGCUGAGGGAAACCCCCGGGGCGAACACCGCGUCCACCUGCAGGCCUACCAGGCACUCAUUAGACACUCGCCGCCCGAAGACCCAGCCUUCCAUACCUUCAUCACCGAAUUCUUCCAGUAUCACAUCUUUGCCGACGAUCUGUUUUGGCACCCUGAGACGAUGACCAAUCGUCUGUCGUCUGAGGACUGGGAGCCUACUGGUCCUAUUAACCCCCCUCGACUUCUUGGCGUUGCGGAUGGCCUCUUCCAGUAUCUCUCCCAGAUCACCACCAUCCGAAACACCAUUCGAGACAACAUGGCUGCUGGCGUCGACCCUCUCGUCGACUACACCAGCCUUUACCAAGCCGCCGAGAUUGACGCCGCCAUCCGGGAAUGGUCACCUCAAUGGGCUCCUGGUGAUAGUCGCGAUGGUGUAGCGCUACUUUAUAAGCAGAUGAUGUGGGUGUAUCUCUUCCGGACCAUCUACCCACCAUCCGCCUCAGCGAUCCGGCGCUCGACCUUUAGUACCCUGCCCGCAUUGCCUCCUGUGACAGCUGCUCCUCCGCGACGAGCCUCCAUGAUUGCUACCGUUUCUACGACCAGGGCGCCUGUUCAUGGUGUCCACACCCCUCACAGCCUGCCGUCAACCCGGAACCCGUCGAGGAGCAACUCGAUGCAUGAGCAUGAUUGCCAUGCCGAAGAUGCCUCAAGAGCAACUUCGCCGCCUCCGAGCCGACGCCCCGCGUAUCACGACCGACGCAUCACCCUUGCCGUCGAGGAGUCGCUCGUCAUCCUGGAGUCGUUCAAGCCUGCGGACCCCUCCCAAACCCUUCUCCUGAUCCCCUGCCUAAUCAUCGGCACGGCGUGCUUCGAAAGCGGUCAACGCGAGAGGAUUAGAACCGCCAUCAAGGCGAUUCGUGGCUACACUGGCCUUCGCAACUGCGAUCGCGCAUGUGAGCUCCUCGAGGCGGUUUGGGCCGCGAUGGAGCAGGGCGACUGGAUCGCCGUUUGGGAUUGGCAAGGCAUAGCCCGACGAAUGGGCCUUGACUUCACUUGCACAUGA